UGUGCAGCAGGCUGCAGUGGGAGGAGGCAUUUUUUAGGAUAUCUGGGGUCUUUGCCAAGGCGGUAGGGCAGAUUUUGAACCGCAGCGGCGCACAGUGACAAAACAGUUUGGUGUUUUCAAGACUAAGGACAGUCGCCAAAACGUUACCACCCAAUAAAAUGUGACACUGACAAGGAAGCAAAAACACUUGGAGCGACGCGUGAAAUCUGAUUUGUCCGGACGGUCUGAGCCACUACUCCUGAGAGUUUGAUGGAUGUUUCGGAGAUGGCCUGAACUUUUUUUUUCUUCUUUUCUUUAGAGUUAAGAGUAACCAUACAGUUUACGGAGUAGGAGGAGAGCUCGGAGCAUGCAGCGCGUAGAAACCAACUCGGGCUGAUUCCCAAACUGGACUCCCUGUUUUUGUCUUUCCUCUCAGCCCCGGGUCGGGCGAGGAGAUGAGUGCUCAGGAUGGGACUGUGCCUCGGUACCGAAGUCACAGAGGAGAAGAAGGCGAGGAUACACAGUGCCAAGAUAGACAGAGACCUGUACGAGUACGCCAAGCGGGAGAUGAAUGUGGUUAAAAUUCUCCUACUAGGUGCAGCAGAGAGUGGUAAAAGCACUUUGGUCAAACAGAUGAAGAUCAUCCACAGUAAUGGAUUCACCAAGCAAGAGCUCACCAGCUUCAAGCCGGCAGUGCUGGAUAACCUCCUGACCUCCAUGAAGUUUGUCCUCCAUGGCAUGGGUGUCCUCCGGAUCAACCUGGCUAACAACAGGAACAAGGUCCACGCCCAUACUGUCCUGUCGUGCGGGCGGUGUUUUGACGAAGAACAGGUGCUGUUUCCUUUCCUUAGCCACGCCCUGUCCUGUCUGUUGGCCGACCAGGGGGUGAGGGCGGCGGCAGCCCGGGGAUACGAGUACGAGCUCAAUGACUCAGCGCUGUAUUUUUUUGAGAACCUGACCCGCAUCACGUCUCCAGAUUACGUUCCCACAGAGACAGACGUUCUGCGAGUACGACUGAGGACGACCGGUGUGAUAGAGACCCAGUUCAAAGUCAACCAUCUCAUUUUCAGGAUGUACGACGUCGGAGGCCAGAGAACUGAGCGGAGGAAGUGGAUUGGUUGUUUCGAGGAUGUCAGGGCAGUGCUGUUCGUGGUGUCGCUCAGUGGUUACGACAUGACCCUGGUGGAAGACCCUUCCGUGAAUCGUCUUCAGGAGAGCCUGAAACUCUUCUCCUGCAUCUGCAACAACAUUUUCUUCCGCAGCACAUCCAUGAUUUUAUUCAUGAACAAGAUAGACCUUUUUCAAGACAAGAUUUUACACUCUGGGCGACAUCUGCGGCUAUACCUGCCACAGUUUAAAGGUGCAGACUGCGAUGUAGAUUCGUCUGCCCGCUUCAUUGCUGCCACCUUCGUCUCGCUCAACGCUACUCCCAGCAAACUCAUCUACCACCACUUCACCACUGCGACCGACACCUCCAACAUCCAGGUCGUCUUCCAGGUGGUUAUGGACACGAUAAUCAAAGAGAACCUAGAGGCUGUGUCGCUCCUGUAACCCAGUGCCAGCAGAGGUCCGAGACAUUACUGUACAGCCUUCAGAUGUCUAAUUUAUAAAGACGUGAAGUUCGUCUGAUUCAUAUCUGAUGGUGCAGCCUGACAGUCUUUGCCACUGUUGCAUUCCAACCGCUGUUUCUCGAUUUUAUGUAGCUUAGAAAACUCUUUCAAAUGACUUUGAAGAAGAAGGUCCACCUGGCUGAUCCUUUCUUUUGAGGUUGUGCCCUUAAACGUUGAUUUUUUUAAAACCUUAUGUUGGAGAGUAAUGGGCAUUUAUAUUUUUGUACUAUACUAUAAAUCAGUUUGAAUGGUGAAGUUACUUUUUUGAGGACUUGAUAUUCACGCUCGUAUACAUUUAUUUGCCCGUGUGUGAGGGGGUGAGGAUUUACUGUUUGUCCAUUACUUCCUUUGUGCACGGUUCACUCAUGCAUACCAUCGUGUUUUUUGCUCAUCCAUCACUGUGUCUGAGCACAUCCUGUGCGUCACACCCUCCUAAUUAGGCGGUGAUCACUGUAAAAGCACCCCAGUUUAUGUUUACUCGCCCUGAGUUGAAAUCACCAACACUCCCGUUGUUUAUCUGUCCCUUCACCUGUUCUUCUGACUCUUAACAGUCAGCGAUGAUGAUGAUGAUGAUGCUGGUAUUUCAUAUGGACUGGGAAAAGUGUAUGCAAAGUACAUCCCUGAAGCCUCCAUCUUGAGUUUCAUUUUCUUUCUUUUGCCUUUGAUGAUUAUUGCUCCAUUAUCUGACACACUAACACUUAUAAAUCCUGAUUUGUCAACCAGGAUGAUGCUUCCUAUGUGAGAUGUGUGGAAUUAACUCGGUUGGGGUCUGACUGUUUAUCACACCAGCUCCUGUCUGACUCAGUAAUAAACAAGAUAUGGUAAUGACUGAUAUGCAUACUCAAGGUGAAAGAAAAGAGAAAACACCCCCAAGUGCCUUAUGAUGUAGUGGUUUUGCUGUUGUGUAAUUUAAAUGCUUCAUACGUGUGUGAAAUUUGUGUAUCUUUCCUUCUCUGGUUUUCCACUUUCAGAAUAAUUUUGUAUUUUACAUCUCUACUCUUAUAGGCCAUGUAUUUAAUGUUAUUGUGUGGUAUGUACUGUGUAUUGUGAAACGGCAAUACAAAAUGAAUGGCUGA